GAGUUUCGCUCUUGUUACCCAGGCUGGAGUGCAAUGGCUCGAUCUCGGCUCACCGCAACCUCCACCUCCUGGGUUCAGGCAAUUCUCCUGCCUCAGCCUCCUGAGUAGCUGGGAUUACAGGCACACCGUGCCCAGCUAACUUUUUGUAUCUUUAGUAGAGAUGGGGUUUCACCGUGUUGACCAGGAUGGUCUCAAUCUCUUGACCUCGUGAUCCACCUGCCUCGGCCUCCCAAAGUGCUGGGAUUACAGGCUUGAGCCACCGCGCCUAGCCUAAAAUAGUUAUUCUUAAUAUUUUGUGGUUAAGAUCCCAUUCAAGCCACAACAUGCAGAUAUAUAUGUAAAAGUAAAAUUCUACCUAGAAUUUUAGGCGUUUCAUGGUAUCCUGUUCAUAGUCAUGAGGCAAGAGAACUCUAAGACAAUAUGUUGUGGAAAUUAAUUUGUGUUGUGGGGGAGGGAGGAAGGAGGGAGGUGCAGGGGAGGUGUUCUUACUUACCCCAAAUGUCUUUUUUUUGUGAAAGCUAUCCUUCCUACUUUUUAAUGAAUCUGGCCUGAAAUUGAGCUGUUCCUAACUUAAAAUUGCAAAUGCUAACUUUUCUCAAGAUGCUCCAAAGCAGUUAAAUGAGGAAACAAAUAGUAUUUUUUAUAGUCACUGGCUGUAAUGCAUUGGCAACGCAAUCAUUUCCUGUAGAGAGUGACCCUGGUUCCUAAAAAUAACUCCAGUGCUAUUCAAUUGCUUAUAUUAGACAUUUUUUUAAAUUCUUAUGUGGGAAGGCGCAUUCCCUUCCACAGCUGAAGAAACUCAGUGUUUGAAAAGAGCUCUCCUAAAACACUGUUCCUUGUAGGCUGUUAAAAAUGUUCAGCAUCUGAAUGCUGGUAAGGAAUGCUCACACCCAUUGGAGGCAAUGCUGUGUGGACUCACAAAGGAAAAGAUGGGGCCGCUAUAUAUGGAGAACAGGAAGCAGAACCAGCUGAGAAAGCCUUACUCAUCUGUGACCCAUAUUCAAAGCCAUAGUCUAGCCACUGUUAGCAACCUAGAAGAGGAAGAGAUUGAAUGGCUAGCCUAAGCUUUAAGGGACACGUUGCAAAUCAGGCCAGACUGUUGUGCCAUUUUCUACCUUACUUUCAACUAAGCAAAGAAAUGAAGCCUCAGUACAGGCUGGUGGAUACACUGACACAUGCCAUUCCUAGUGAGUUGCUGGUUGCCUGAUGACAAACUUAAUUUUUUUACAGUUCCUCUGGCAAUACUCUAUUAUGAGUAUUGAGGAGUGUUCACUAAAUUGAAGCCCUCAAGCAAAAAAAAAAAAAAAGUUGCAAAUUCAAUACUCUUCCAGUUUCUCUACAUUAUAUGACUAUUUGCAUGUUAUUUAUACAUUUGGAGACUCAAAAAGGAGGAACUGGCAGGACUGUCUCACCCCUUCUUGUUUUUCAAAAUGUCAAUAAUUCCUAGGGCUGCUUUACACCAAUACACACAGAUUCACACAUUUUUAGAUAUGGGUCUCACUGUGUUGCCCAGGCUGGACUACGGUGGCAUGAUCAUAGCUCCUGAACUCAAGUGAUCCUCCCACCUCAGCCUCCUAAGCAGCUGGGACUACACAUAUGCACCACCACACCUGGCUAAUUUUAUUCUUUAUUUUUAAGCUGGGGCUGGUGUCGUGGGUGCGGGGGGGGGGGGCGUCUCACUAUGUUGCUCAGUCUGGUCUUGAACUUCUGGUCUCCAGCAAUCUUCCCGCCUCAGCCUCCUGAGUAGCAGAUUUGCAUUUUAAGAGUUAUUUUAGUUUCUCAGGUAAAGGAAUGGAGUUAUUAAUGAUUCAGAAGCACUUCUAUGUUAGUAUUGUAGGAUGUUAUCAAAGACCUCUAUUCCUUCCAUCCCUAUCCAUUUAUCUUUUUCUUUUUUUAAUGUUUAAAGAAGGAGUUAUAUUCAAAGUAACUGGAAGUAACAGAUGAGAAAAAUAUAUCUAGGUUAGUCUAUAGAAACAGUCCUUAGAAAAAUCAGCUGAAGGCUAUUUUUCUAAGGACUGUUCAAUCAAUUUGCUCCAAAGCCAUCACAUAUAUUUAUUAUACAAUGACAUUUAAAAUCCAAGUCCCAUUGAUCAGCCAGGGUACUGUCAAGAUUUUUUUCUUAAUAAAAUCUCCCAGUAGGGCAUUUUCUUCACAAAGCAACUGCCUAUAUCUUCAUACUCACUCCCACGCUGCAACUCACAUUUUCCUUUACUAUUAUCAAUGUUGAAAUUAGUUUUCACCUAUAAACCUGAACCUGAUUUGCAAUAUAUCCUUAUGAAUCCUCUUUGAAUUUCUAAAAUUAUUCUUCUUAUUCCUUAUUGUCUGGAUACUCUUAUUUAUAGAGUGAUCAUAUAAUUUAUCAUCUAUACUAGAACAUACUUUCGAGAGUGAAAAGGGGUGGGUGUCCAGUGACAUCUUUCUUGCUGAGCAACUUUGAAAUUUUACUUUGGAAAAUGGUACAUGAAUAGAGACACAUUCUGAAGAGCAUAUAGUACUAUCACCAGUGACAAAACUAAAGGAAACACCAACUUUAAUUAUUUGUUAUAAUAAUGACUUAAGAGAUAGAAGACAAUUGAUAAUAAUUGAGAGACAAUGUAGGUAAAGCAUUGAUUUGUCUUGAAUUCAACAUACUAAUGAUGUUCUAUUAGGUUGGUGCAUGCAGCCAUCUGGUCAACCUUAGACAUGGGAAGGCAGGAGCCCUGUAGUUGACCUCAGACAUGGAAAGGUGAGAACUAUCUGGUCAACCUUACACAUGGGAAGGCAAGAGACAUCUGGUAGACCUUGCACCAACCUAAUAUGAUAUGCACUAGCAAUGUGGCUUGCACUAUUGCUACUUACCAGGAUUUCCUGUUUAGUAUGUAUGCUGACCAACCUUUGCCUAGAGUACUCAUAAAUUUUAUAGUUAACUCACUGUCCACCCAUUAUUCGUAUGAAAUCACAAGUAGACUCAUACUCUUGACCAAUCACUGCUUUUCUUAGAGAACAAAAUUUCAUUUUCCUCAAAAUUCAUGACUUCUGUACACAAAUUGCUACCUCACACAUCAGUUUAGUCAGGUGCUCUAGCUUGGUCCCAGGAGAGCAAAAGGACCCAUUUAUUCAUUUAUCAGAUAUUAUCUGAGCCCCUAUUAUGUGUCCUUGCAACAGUGCUUGACAGUGGUGUUAAAAAGAUCAGCAAAUUGCCCUUGAGGAACUAAUUUAGAGUUGUGCAUAUGUAAACCUCAUAAUGUUCUUGCAGCAAGGAUUAGCCAGUGCCUCCUCUAGUCACACACAGGUGAAACAAUUCUGGGAAAUGUAGUACAAAUCAGGCAUGGACCCAUUAUGCUUUUGUACUAUACAGUUUUCUGUGCUGAGACUGGGCCAAUUCUGAUGAAUUCCAAACAAUGGUAAAACCGAUACCUUUAAAAUUCAAGAAUGUUGAGUUCUAAUGGCAGUUUGAUCAUUGAUAUAUUAUAGGAACAUCAUUUAGUCUCUUAAGCUUGAACAUCCAUUAAGUGGGAAAAAUAGUGAUUAUUUUCUAGAGGUCUUCAGAGAUUGGCUAACCAAUAGAUUUUGCUGGUAAGUAAUGUGCAAAUUUUCUAGAAAGAUGUUAUUGCUUCAUUUUCUCUUAUAUUUUGGAUUGGCAGCAGCCAAAUGGGUGUCCCAGCCCCUAAUCUCCUACAAGAGAAACACUACUUCUCAGUUUAAUAAAUCUGAUAAAUUUUGAGCUCUUUUUCUAACAGGGUGCAGCAGCUUACUAAGUAAAGCCCACAACAUUUUCUGCUACCAGGAUAGCAGCUUGCCAGCAGCACAUACUGAAUUACGGGGUUUCAGUAUGAUGUUGGCUGGUAGGAACUUCAAUCAUCCAAUCGAUAUGUGCCCAGCCAUUCUCAUUAUGAAUGUUUCCUUCUCUUUCAAACGUUGUUUCCAGCCCCCAUCUCCAAGUGUUUAAAAAAAAAAAAAGUGAGGAGAAACAGAAACUAUACACCUCAGGAUGAAACUUUUCUUUCUCAUCCCUGUUCCCCAAUAAAUGGACUUUCAGAUAAACCUAUCAAAAGCAGCCCACAACUCACCAUUUUCUAAAACGUUCCCCAUCCCCACCCUUCGUGGCACCCAUGGGCUUCCCCAAGUCUUCACCUUUUUCUUAGACACACGCAAGCACAUUCUCACCCCAGGAAAGCAGUCCUGGCUUAGCCAGUUCCCUUCCAGAAGGACCACGUUGUUUUUGCCCCCAUGGAGCCCUGCAGGGUCCGGGGCUCAGGUGCCGAUUUGCCUUGGGACGGAAGGGGGGGCUUCCUGGGUGCAGGAUCUCACAGGCUCAAAACGAGACAUCAGUGGACAAACGGGAAGGGAGGUCGGACGCGCGGCUCCCAGGAAGCGGAACCAAAAAACACUGGCUCAGGAGGCGACGCCAGGAACGCGCGGGGCUCUAGGGCGCACCCGACCCCUCACGCCCUUCACAGAGGAGGAAACUGAGGCGCGGGACGGCCUCUGCGGCGUCUCUGCCCCGCCCUCCACAGUCUCCCCCAAGGCGCGCUCCCGUGCGGGCCGGUUCCUUUGUCCCGGCAGCGCUUCCUGCCUCCUCCUCGCCCCGGGCCCGGCUGACGCGGCGGGAGAGGAAUGCGUUUCCGGAGGGAGCGGGCGGCGGCUGCGGCCUCGGGAGCGGGAUCGGACGCGCAGAGAAGGCGGGGCCGCGGCUAGUUUCCUGCCGGGGGGCGGCUCAGGGCCGCCGAGUCCCCUCCUCCCGCCCCUGAGGGGGAGGAGCCGCCGCCGCCCGCCGCGCCCGAGACCUGGGAGGCCCCGCCAGCCCGCGAGAGAGGCCGAGCGGGAGCCGCGGAGCAGCAGGCCCGAACCCACCGCGCCCGGGCUCGGACGCCGCGCGGGGAAGAUGAAUUUACAACUCAUUUUCUGGAUUGGACUGAUCAGUUCAGUUUGCUGUGUGUUUGGCCAAACAGAUGAAAAUAGAUGUUUAAAAGCAAAUGCCAAAUCAUGUGGAGAAUGUAUACAAGCAGGACCAAAUUGUGGGUGGUGCACAAAUUCAACAUUUUUACAAGAAGGAAUGCCUACUUCUGCACGAUGUGAUGACUUAGAAGCCUUAAAAAAGAAAGGUUGCCCUCCAGAUGACAUAGAAAAUCCCAGAGGCUCCAAAGAUAUAAAGAAAAAUAAAAAUGUAACCAAUCGUAGCAAAGGAACAGCAGAGAAGCUCAAGCCAGAGGAUAUUACUCAGAUCCAACCACAGCAGUUGGUUUUGCGAUUAAGAUCAGGGGAGCCACAGACAUUUACGUUAAAAUUCAAGAGAGCUGAAGACUAUCCUAUUGACCUCUACUACCUUAUGGACCUGUCUUACUCAAUGAAAGAUGAUUUAGAGAAUGUAAAAAGUCUUGGAACAGAUCUGAUGAACGAAAUGAGGAGGAUUACUUCUGACUUCAGAAUUGGAUUUGGCUCAUUUGUGGAAAAGACUGUGAUGCCUUACAUUAGCACAACACCAGCUAAGCUCAGGAAUCCUUGCACAAGUGAACAGAACUGCACCAGCCCAUUUAGCUACAAAAAUGUGCUUAGUCUUACUAAUAAAGGAGAAGUAUUUAAUGAACUUGUAGGAAAACAGCGCAUAUCUGGUAAUUUGGAUUCUCCAGAAGGUGGUUUUGAUGCCAUCAUGCAAGUUGCAGUUUGUGGAUCACUGAUUGGCUGGAGGAAUGUUACCCGGCUGCUGGUGUUUUCCACAGAUGCUGGGUUUCACUUUGCUGGAGAUGGGAAACUUGGUGGCAUUGUUUUACCAAAUGAUGGACAAUGUCACCUGGAAAACAAUAUGUACACAAUGAGCCAUUAUUAUGAUUAUCCUUCUAUUGCUCACCUUGUCCAGAAACUCAGUGAAAAUAAUAUUCAGACGAUUUUCGCAGUUACUGAAGAGUUUCAGCCUGUUUACAAGGAACUGAAAAACUUGAUCCCCAAGUCAGCAGUAGGAACAUUAUCUUCAAAUUCUAGCAAUGUAAUUCAGUUGAUCAUUGACGCAUACAAUUCCCUUUCCUCAGAAGUCAUUUUGGAAAACAGCAAAUUAUCAGAAGGAGUAACAAUAAGUUACAAAUCUUACUGCAAGAAUGGGGUGAAUGGAACAGGGGAAAAUGGAAGAAAAUGUUCCAAUAUUUCCAUUGGAGAUGAGGUUCAGUUUGAAAUUAGCAUAACUUCAAAUAAAUGUCCAAAAAAGGAUUCUGACGCCUUUAAAAUUAGGCCUCUGGGCUUUACGGAGGAAGUAGAGGUUAUUCUUCAGUACAUCUGUGAAUGUGAAUGCCAAAGCGAAGGCAUCCCCGGAAGUCCCAAGUGUCAUGAAGGAAACGGGACGUUUGAGUGUGGCGCAUGCAGGUGCAACGAGGGGCGUGUUGGUAGGCAUUGUGAAUGCAGCACAGAUGAAGUCAACAGUGAAGAUAUGGACGCUUACUGCAGGAAAGAAAACAGUUCAGAAAUCUGCAGUAACAAUGGAGAGUGCAUCUGUGGACAGUGUGUUUGUAGGAAGAGGGAUAAUACAAAUGAAAUUUAUUCUGGCAAAUUCUGCGAGUGUGAUAAUUUCAACUGUGAUAGAUCCAAUGGCUUAAUUUGUGGAGGAAAUGGUGUUUGCAAGUGUCGUGUGUGUGAGUGCUACCCCAACUACACUGGCAGUGCGUGUGACUGUUCUUUGGAUACUAGUACUUGCGUAGCCAGCAACGGACAGAUCUGCAAUGGUCGGGGCAUCUGUGAGUGUGGUGUCUGUAAGUGUACAGAUCCGAAGUUUCAAGGGCAAACGUGUGAGAUGUGUCAGACCUGCCUUGGUGUCUGUGCUGAGCAUAAAGAAUGUGUUCAGUGCAGAGCCUUCAAUAAAGGAGAAAAGAAAGACACAUGUGCACAGGAAUGUUCAUAUUUUAACAUUACCAAGGUAGAAAGUCGGGAAAAAUUGCCCCAGCCAGUCCAACCUGAUCCUGUCUCCCAUUGUAAGGAGAAAGAUGUUGAUGACUGUUGGUUCUAUUUCACAUACUCAGUGAAUGGAAACAACGAGAUUAUGGUUCAUGUUGUGGAGAAUCCAGAGUGUCCUACAGGUCCAGAUAUCAUUCCAAUUGUAGCUGGUGUGGUUGCUGGAAUUGUUCUUAUUGGCCUUGCAUUACUGCUGAUAUGGAAGCUUUUAAUGAUAAUUCAUGACCGAAGGGAAUUUGCUAAAUUUGAAAAGGAGAAAAUGAAUGCCAAAUGGGACACGCAAGAAAAUCCGAUAUACAAGAGUCCUAUUAAUAAUUUCAAGAAUCCAAACUACGGACGUAAAACUGGUCUCUAAAUUGCCGGUGAAAAUCCUAUUUAUAAGAGUGCCGUGACAACUGUGGUCAAUCCGAAGUAUGAGGGAAAAUGAGUACUACCUGUGCAAAUCUCACAACACUGAAUACAAAGUAGCAAUUUUCAUAGUCACAGUUAGGUAGCUUUAGGGCAAUAUUGCCAUGGUUUUACUCAUGUGCAGGUUUUGAAAAUGUACAAUAUGUAUAAUUUUUAAAAUUUUUUUAUUAUUUUGAAAAUAAUGUAAUUCAUGCCAGGGACUGACAAAAGACUUGAGACAGGAUGGUUAUUCUUGUCAGCUAAGGUCACGUUGUGCCUUUUGACCUUUUCUUCCUGUACUGUUGAAAUCAAGCUCUUAUUGGAUUAAGUGAUAUUUCUAUAGCGAUUGAAAGGGCAAUAGUUAAUGAGCAUGAUGAGAAUUUCUGUUAAUCAUGUAUUAAAACUGAUUUUUAGCUUUAUAAAUAUGUCAGAUUGUAGUUACGCAGAAUCCAAAGUAAAUGUCCUGCCAGCUAGUUAAGGAUUGUUUUAAAUCUAUCAUUUUGCUAUUUGCCUGUUAAUCAUGACUGAUGACAUAUCUGAAAGACAAGUACGUUGAGAGUUUCUGCGUAAAGUAGGUUUGAAAUAGUCUAUCUAUGAAGGCCAUGGGAAAAAUUCAGAGAGUUAGGAAGGAAAAACCAAUAGCUUUAAAACUUGUGUGCCAUUUUAAGAGUUACUUAAUAAUUGUUAACUUUUAUGCCUUCCCUUUAUGAAUUCAAGCCUUAGAUAAAAGUACUGAGCAUUUUCCUGCUAAAAAGUCCUUGAUUUAGCACUAUUUACAUAAAGGCCAUACUUUACAAAGUAUUUGCUGAAUGGGGACCUUUCGAGCUGAAUUUAUUUUAUUAUUUUUAUUUUGUUUAAUAUCGGUGCUUUUUAUCACCUAAUCUUUUAAUGUAUUUGUUUGCAAGUUGGGGGUAAGACUUUUUUUUAGCAGUACUUUUUCUUUGACGUUUUAGCUGUAAAUUUGCCUUUUUAAUGAACAUGUGAAGUUGUACCAUGGCUUAUGCAACAGCUAUCACUUAUGCGAGUCUUACUUCGAAUUAGUGCCAUAACAGAUCAUUGUGUGUUUACUUCUCAUCAUUUGAGUUGCCCAUCUUGUUUCAUACUAGUUAUAUUCUUGUUUUAAGUGCCUUUAGUUUUAAUAGUUCACUUUUUACAGUGCUAUUUACUGAAGUUAUUUAUUAAAUAUGCCUAAAAUACUUAAA